ACAUCACGAGACAUCCUUAGCGUCAGUUCGUAUUCGAACACUUGUGGCGUAAUCGUUGUUGCGGAAUGUUCAAGGAAGCCGAUUCUUUCCAAUGCUGCCGGAUUAUAGCACGAGGCAACCCAGAGAUAACACGUUGACCUUCACUUUGUAGCACGCCUGUUUCCCGCUUCCACUUUCCCUCGGAGAGCGCGCGCGCUCUUGUUUCGUUUAUGGCGUCCUUUUCGAGCCGUCGUUCCGUCGUCUGCUUCAGUCUGCCAAAGCGAGACGUUCAAGUCGACGCCUGCGCCUGGAACACGUCUGCAAACACGGAUGGUGCUGAAGAUUUCUAGUCUGAACCGCUUACGAGGGUGUCAAGAACCAUGAAGUCCUUUCGGUGGUGUCCUUCGUCGAAGGAGCAGCUGCACGAAGCCGAAGAGAAGAUUUUCUCGUACAUGAAGAAAAAACGCGAAAGUCGUUACGUCGACGUCGGACGAUUUGGCGACAGUCCCUCAACGUGUCGGCUGUGGACCGUGACAGUGAAGCCCGACGAAGAUUGCAACGCCAACGGGCAGACUCGGCUGCCCCUCGUGAUGUUGCACGGUCUGGGCUGCGGCGCCGCUCUGUGGGUCAUGAAUCUGGAGUCCCUGUCUCGAGAUCGUGUCGUGCACACUGUGGACCUGCUCGGGUUUGGACGCAGCUCGAGGCCUUCCCUGGGCCCGGACGCCGCGCUCAUCGAGCAACAGAUGGUAUUCAGUGUGGAGGCUUGGCGCCAGCAGAUGUCCCUGGAGAGGUUCAUUCUGUUGGGUCAUAGCCUGGGCGGCUUCCUGGCGUCCUCGUACUCGCUGCAGUACCCGCAGCACGUCGCCCACCUCAUACUCGAGGACCCCUGGGGCUUUCCGGUGUACGACCCUGCCAGGCCUCGGAGCAAGAGGCUGCCGGUCUGGUCGACACCGCUCCAGGCCUGCUUCAACUACGUCAACGUGCUCUCGGCACUCAGGGCCCUGGGACGUCUCGGUCCAGCUGUGAUGCAGAAAGCGCUGAGCGGUGCCGAUGCCUAUUUUGGUCAUUUUGUCAAAGAUAGCACGGCCAUUCCGAAUUACGUGUACCACUGCAACGUUCGCAGGCCCACGGGAGAGGAGGCGUUCCGCAACCUCAGCGUCCAUUUCGGCUGGACCAAGCACCCGAUGGUCGAGCGCUUCCUGAACUUGGAUCCCAAGGUGCCUGUGACGUUUCUCUACGGCGAUCAAACAUUCAUCACCCGCAGCCCCGCCAAGUACAUCAAGAAAAAACGCUCGGCCGGCUACGUUGACAUCAAGGUCCUCAAGGGCUGCGGCCACAACGUCCACAUGGACCAACCGAACGAGUUCAACGACAUCGUUAACAAGGUCGGCGACCGUGCCGACAGCCAGGAGAAGCCCGAGGGGGACCAGCCCACCGAUCUCGUUCCCGAAGAAUGACGGACGCAGCGGGACAAGACACCCGGAGCUCCGUUCCGCGCGGGCGACCAGGGGACCAUCAGGGAGUCGGAUUGUCGACACUGCACGGUUCCGCUUCAUUUCGAAAGGCCGAGUCAAUGCAAAUGGGUAGUUUUUAAGUUUGGGCUCUGAUCACGUGUGAUGAGGUCGGAUCAACGAGGCUUCUGUUUUUAUUGCUCGCGAAAUAUUUACGUAGUCACCGUUCUUAUGGUCUUCUCGCUUUGUCUCCGCCAGUAAAACGUGCGCUUAGGUUGCCUUUCAAAUCCUGCCUCGUUUCGACGUCCAUAAAUAUACUCUUUCUCUAGUGUACGCCUCGAUCCGCAGUCAUUUACAGGGGGUCUAGUGUUUAAGACCAGCGUGAUAUUGCCAUUGUUGUUUUGUUACUUGUCAUUAUAUUUUUGUUUGUGAAAAAAAAAAUGUUGGUAUUUCGUUGAGGUGGAUGAAGCACGUGAAUAGUUCGUUUGCCACCGAAUUGAAUUUAAUAAAGGUAUUGUUGAGCGUUGA